AAAUGUGUCAAAAAGUUUGACACUGACAGUUUGUUAUCAGCAAAAUUUGUUAUGGUUUUUCGAAGCAAAAUUACCGUGUUUUAUUAAUGAUUUGUUAAUUAAAAUGAUUGUGUAAGUCGUUAUCAUCCCACUCGGCGCACGAUGGACCGGCUGUACGCACUCGGGGUGUCUUGUAUAGAGUUCCUGCAGGACUGGUUUGCGGACUCAGAAAACUACUUCGAGUGGGUGAACGACCUGUCCAACCCGCACUAUGUCAUGGAAUACCUGUUUCCAUUCGUGUCCACGCUGGAUUCAGUGUUUGCAGCGCAGUUACUGCUCUGUAUGUCUUUUGGGGGCUGGCUGAACUCUGUUAUGAAGUGGUGGUUGCUAGAAGACCGCCCCUACUGGUGGAUCCGUGAGACCUCAUUCUACGAAGGCGCCCGUCGCCCGCAGCUGAGACAGUUCCGGCAGACGUGCGAGACCGGCCCUGGUAGCCCGUCAGGCCACAGUACUACUGUCGCUAUGCUGCUACUGCUGGCUAUCAUGUGGAUAUCACAUAUCAUGAAUGAUAGAAAGUGCUACAUCUGGUGGUGGAAGUACAUAGUGUACCCAGUUUUCGCGUGCGCGCUCGGCUCGGUGAUGCUCGCGCGAAUGUUCGUCGCCACGCACUUCCCGCACCAGACGCUGAUGGGCGCUUUAGUUGGUUCCCUCUUAGCCCCAGCGCUGUGCAUCUACGUAUGCGACCCAUAUGUCUGGGGCUUCGGUCCCCACGGGCGCUCCGACACGCGGCGCGCGGUGGCUUGGCAUGUCUUCUCGGCGUUAGUGACAGUGGCCAUUAGUGUGGUCACGUACUUCAGUUUGACAUUAUGCGGCUGGGACCCUCACUGGACUGUCAAACUGGCCUUCCGCUGGUGCGAGAACCCUGAAGACAUCCACGUGUCCACCACUCCUAUGUACGCUCUGGUGCAGGCCACCGCUUCGAUGCUUGGCUGGGCGCUCGCCGUCACGCCCGCUGUCGCUCAGUUCCGUCACUAUACCAAAAACCGUUCGCUCAUACUGUCCGGUUUAGCUAUGUACCUACUCUACUGUGGCACAAGACACCUCCAAGAAAACAUAGACAAAAACAGCACUCUAUGGUUCUACUCUAUGCAGUUUUUACUAGCAGCUGUCAGACCGUUUUUGUACCUUCGAGUUGUACCCACAAUAUCUAUGUUACCGUACCCUAGUGUAGGUACAGGUAAGCACAAAAGGGAAUAGGCAAUUUUUAGUAUAAUAGUCCAUUUUUAACUUACUCAAAUAAGGGGUUUUUUGAUUCGGUUGUAUGUUUUAUUUAGCUUAA